GAUUAUUGCCCAUCACUACUGUUGGACCAUCAGUCUGUAGUGGAUCAACGGUUGCGCACGGUCGAGGAACAGGGAGAUAAGAUACAUCUGCAAGCAGAGAAUCAAGGAUGGUGGAUUCAAUUACUCCAUUUUAACGCAUUUUAAAAAAUCUAUCCUGUGUUUCGCACUCUGUCACGACGGCGUACAGUACGCAAAUCCCCUCUUCCAGCAGAGUAGAUCGAUCGACUUUCUCUCUCUCUCUCCCUCUCCUUGAUCGGGCGGGGCUCUGAACGAAGAUGCUGAAAUUCUUGAAAGGAGUGGUUGGCGGAUCGGGUACGGGCGUCAAGGAUCUGCCGUAUAACAUCGGGGAGCCGUACGCUUCAGCAUGGGGAUCCUGGGUUCACUACCGUGGAACCUCCAAGGAUGAUGGAGCUCCUGUCUCAAUAUUUUCUCUUUCGGGGAGCAACGCAAAUGAUGGUCAUUUAGUUGCUGGCCGUAACGGUGUCAAACGCCUUCGGACGGUCAGACAUCCAAAUAUAUUGUCAUUUCUGCAUAGUACUGAGGUAGAAACUUUGGAUGGUUCUAGUGCGAAGGUUACCAUCUACAUGGUGACUGAGCCUGUUAUGCCACUCUCUGAAAAGAUCAAGGAAUUGGGAUUAGAAGGCAGCCAAAGGGAUGAGUAUUAUGCAUGGGGACUUCACCGGAUAGCAAAAGCUGUGAGCUUCUUGAAUAAUGAUUGUAAACUGGUUCAUGGUAAUGUUUGUAUGGCUAGUGUUGUUGUCACUCAAACUUUGGACUGGAAACUCCACGCAUUUGAUGUUUUGUCUGAGUUUGAUGGGAAUAAUGAAGCUGCUACUGGACCAAUGCUUCAAUAUGAAUGGCUUAUUGGUUCACAAUACAAACCAAUGGAGUUGUCAAAAUCCGACUGGGCUGCUAUCAGAAACUCUCCACCUUGGGCUAUAGAUUCUUGGGGCCUGGGCUGCCUAAUUUAUGAACUCUUUUCUGGCAUGAAGUUGAGUAGAACAGAGGAGUUGCGCAAUACUGCUAGCAUACCAAAGUCUCUACUUCAAGAUUAUCAGCGUCUCUUGAGUUCUACGCCUUCUCGCAGGUUGAAUUCAACAAAGCUUCUGGAUAAUAGUGAAUAUUUUCAAAAUAAGUUGGUCGAGACCAUACAUUUUAUGGAAAUUCUUAAUUUGAAGGACAGUGUGGAAAAGGAUACCUUUUUCCGUAAGCUUCCAAAUCUGGCCGACCAGCUUCCUCGCGAGAUAGUGGUGAAGAAGCUGCUUCCAUUACUAGCAUCCGCGUUAGAAUUUGGUUCAGCUACUGCACCUGCUUUGACUGCAUUGUUGAAAAUGGGAUCUUGGCUUUCAACAGAAGAAUAUGGUCUUAAGGUCUUACCAACAAUUGUCAAACUUUUUGCAUCAAAUGAUCGUGCAAUUCGUGUUGGUCUUCUGCAGCAUAUUGAUCAGUACGGCGAGUCAUUGUCCUCACAAACUGUUGAUGAACAAGUCUACCCUCAUGUUGCUAAUGGCUUCUCCGACACAUCUGCUUUUCUACGUGAACUGACUCUGAAAUCUAUGCUUGUCCUGGCUCCUAAGCUCUCUCAGCGCACAAUAUCAGGAUCAUUGUUAAAGUUUCUUUCCAAGCUGCAGGUUGAUGAAGAACCAGCAAUUCGCACAAAUACUACCAUAUUGCUCGGAAAUAUUGCCAGUUACCUCAGUGAAGGGACAAGGAAAAGAGUUCUGAUAAAUGCUUUCACAGUUCGAGCUUUGCGUGAUACAUUUUCUCCUGCCCGAGGAGCAGGUAUUAUGGCUUUAUGUGCCACCAGUUCUUAUUAUGAUGCCUCUGAGAUUGCGACUCGAAUUUUGCCAAAUAUUGUUGUCCUGACAAUUGAUCUUGACAGUGACGUUCGGUCAAAGGCGUUUGAAGCUGUUGAACAAUUUUUGCAAUUAGUGAAACAAUACCAUGAGAAGGCAAUCACUGGAGAUACCACGGGUGCGGCUACAGGGAUUUCAUCUAUACCUGGAAAUGCAAGUUUACUUGGAUGGGCAAUGAGCUCUUUGACCAUGAAAGGCAAACCUUCUGAACAGAAUACCCUCACUUCAUCAAGCACAAGUGCCCCGAUUGCAUCUUCAAUCUCCAAUACCAGCUCUGUAACAGAUGAUGUAAAUUUGACGCCAGUCCGUGUAAGUUCCAGGUCUGAUUUAACUGAUUUAGCUGAUCACCCUCCAUCCCCUACGUCAACUGAUGGAUGGGGAGAACUUGAGAAUGGCAUUCAUGGGGAGCAUGAUGGGGACAAAGAUGGUUGGGAUGACAUUGAACCACUCGAGGAGGCAAAACCAUCUGCAGCUCUUGCAAAUAUCCAAGCUGCCCAAAAGCGGCCUGUCUCUGUGCCAAAAACACAAGUUUCAAAUUCAAGACCAAAGAGCUCAUUAAAGACGAGUAAAGAUGAUGACAGUGACUUGUGGGGUGCUCCAGCAGAUCCUGCUCCUAGAUCCACAUCGAAACCUUCAACUGCAAAAGCCAGCAGAGCAGUCGAUGAGGACGAUCCUUGGGGAGCAAUUGCUGCCCCAGUUCCCAAAUCGUCGUCCAAGUCAAUGAACCUGAAAUCAUCGGCAGAUGAUGAUCUUUGGGCUUCCAUUGCAGCUCCUCCACCCACAACAGGGCCCAAGCCUUUAUCAGGACGAGGCCGAGUGACGAAAGCUGCUGCCCCAAAAUUGGGUGCUCAAAGGAUAAACAGAACAUCAUCAGGGAUGUAAGUUAAAGUUAGGUAAAAGACAUGAAACAGAAUUUUAGGGAACUUGUGUAAAUUUUGUCCCUCAUUUGGUGAUUUCUUCUGAGGUAGUAAUAUACUUUUUUGUCUCUAGAUGAUUUGUGUUGUAUUAACUACAGAACCCAUAUAUACAAUCUGUAAUUGAGUCCAUUUUUCAACCAAAAACUACUCUGUAAAAACUAGUCAUUCUUUAUACUCUGGAGUAAAUGAUUUUUUGUUAUCAA